AUGCCUCAACCUCACUGAGGUUCAGCUGACACUAACAUGUCAUGGACCAGAUUUGAAUAUUGUAUGUUUUUUUUUUCACAAACAUGUUUUGUUUUCUUGACAUUUUUUCAAAUUUUACUCCAGAAGAUGCAGUACCUCUAUGUUCAGUUUUUGCUUAUGACAUCAAAAGUAGCUGAUGGUUUGAUGCAGGGUGAAGAAGAAGAAGUUAAGAGGCCUGAGGUAAAAGCGGAGGAUUUGAUUGGAGCCAGAGAUAAACUGGCGUCUGGAACAGAGGUGAAGAGCAAGACCUUUGAAGUGAUGCAGGAAUGCGAACGAGCCGGGAAGGUCGCGCCAUCCAUCUUCAGCAAAGCUCGCUCAGGAUCUGAGACUGCCUUUAACAAACCCAGCAAGAAAAAAUAACACUAUGGAACUAUUAUUUCACUAAAUUGUAAAUGAAUCUAAAGCAUUGACAGAAAAACAACUUGUUGGUUUUAGUUUGAACAAUGUAACCAUUCAACAGCACAGCUAAACAAUAUUUAGUUAGUUAGACUGAUCUUAUGUACCUCAAUGUACUUUUUACUUACUAAAAACUUUUGUCCUGAAUCAAAAUAGGCUUCAAACAAUUAAAACUGAAUGUUUACUGGA